GGAAACGAUGGAAGACGGUAGAAACGCCGAGAAACACAAUUGAACUGACGGCAGGAGUAAUUAUAAACACAGCCAAAUAGGGAGCCCAGCGGGGACUGUUAAUACACAACAAACAACCUCACGACAUUAUCGUAAAACCGCGUGAAGUCCCGCUGUAAAUGCUCAGAAUAUGCGUUAAGGUGGCGAUCAAAUACUCCAUUCAGGCCUAAAUUUUAAUCGUCUCAAGAUUAGCUGUGUAGCUGGCUACUAGCUAGUUUAGCUUCCGAAGAAGUUGACGACGUUGACAAGAUAGCAAGCUACAUUUAGCUAGCAUGGUAUUGAAAGCAAAACAAUAUUCUGUAUUGGACAUUGAUAAGUGUCUUCACGGCCAAGAGAAGACAUUUGGACCGUUGGACUAGAUUCAAGCAGACGAAUAAGUGCGGGGAUAAACACCUCAUUCCGUGAGAUCAGGGUUUUUGAGUUUGUUAAAGUGAAAUAACGUUAGUUGCUGUUGGCUAGUCAGUGAGGUAACUAGCUAGCUACCUAGCUAACUGUCUAGCUAGUUGUAUUGACAGGCAAAAACGAUGUACGAAAGCUAGUUUGCUACAAAACGAUAAGCCCUUUAGCUUGGUAGGCAUUGAGAAACGAGUUACACAGCUAUACUAGCUUGUCUAGCAAAGCAAUAGUGAGGUAUCUGGCCGUUUGUUUAAAAUUGAUAAAAGUAAAUCAGUAACGUUGACGUAUUUACAGCGAGCCACCUUGCUAGCUAAUUUAAUCUCGAAGGUCCGAGUUUCUCCGGCUUUGUAAUGCCUCUGCUGUUCUUGGAGAGGUUUCCAUGGCCCAGUUUGCAGACCUACACGGCACUGAGUGCCGUUCUGCUUGUUGGGAGUGUCCUCAGCGCCUAUUCCACCGUGACCGAAUCGGGAUUCGACUCUUCGAAGGUGGACGAAAGCGUGGACAGCCCCGACGAAGAAGGGGAACACCAGAUUUUCAAGUUUGGGAAUGGAGUGACCACUGAUGUGCUUUAUUACCUAGUGUCUGACAGCUUCUUCGUCUGGGUGCUGGUGAACACAGCUUGUUGUUUUCUAAUGCUGAUUGCUAAGAUGAUCCAGUACAUCGUAUUCGGGCCCCUUAGAGUCAGCGAAAAGCAGCACCUGAAGGACAAGUUCUGGAACUUCAUCUUCUACAAGUUCAUCUUCAUCUUCGGGGUGCUGAAUGUGCAGACGGUGGAGGAGGUGGUCACCUGGUGCCUGUGGUUUGCUGUGCUGGUCUUCCUGCACCUCAUGGUCCAGCUUUGCAAAGACCGCUUUGAAUAUCUGUCCUUCUCCCCGACCACCCCAAUGAGCAGCCAUGUACGCGUGCUGUCCCUGCUGGUGUCUAUGCUGCUGUCCUGCUGUGGACUUGCUGUGGUCUGUGGGCUGGUGGGCCACCCACAUGGGAUGCACACAGUCUCUUUCAUGGCAGCUGAGUGCCUCCUGGUUACUGUGCGCACAGGUCAUGUCAUUAUGCGGUACACCAUCCAUCUGUGGGACCUGAACCAUGAGGGCACAUGGGAGAACAAGGGUACAUAUGUGUACUACACUGACUUCAUCAUGGAGCUGGCAUUGCUUUCCCUGGACCUCAUGCACCACAUCCACAUGCUGCUCUUUGGUAAUAUCUGGCUUUCAAUGGCAAGCCUGGUGAUCUUCAUGCAGCUGCGCUACCUCUUCCAUGAAGUGCAGCGACGAAUUCGGCGCCAUAAGAACUACCUCCGUGUCAUUGAUAACAUGGAGGCCAGAUUUGCAGUGGCCACCCCAGAAGAACUGACCGCUAACAAUGACGACUGUGCUAUCUGCUGGGACUCCAUGCAAGCAGCUCGUAAGCUGCCCUGUGGGCACCUCUUCCAUAACUCCUGCCUACGCUCCUGGCUGGAGCAGGACACCUCCUGUCCCACGUGCCGCAUGUCACUGAACAUCAGCGAGGGCAACCGGGCACGGGAUGACCGCCAGAGAGAACCGCUCGAUGACAACAUGGGCCCUGGGCCGGGGCCUGAGGCUCGCCCACACCUCAACCAGCACAAUCACUUCUUCCACUUUGACGGCUCCCGCAUUGCCAGCUGGUUGCCCAGUUUCUCAGUGGAAGUUAUGCACACCACCAACAUCAUGGGAAUGGUGCAGGCUAACAACUCUCAACUUAAUGCCAUGGCCCAUCAGAUCCAAGAGAUGUUCCCACAGGUGCCCUACCACCUGGUACUGCAGGACCUCCAGCUCACGCGCUCUGUGGAGAUCACGACAGACAAUAUCCUGGAGGGCCGCAUCCAGGUGCCCUUCCCUACCCAGGCCACCGAGCGUCCCUCGCUGCUGGCAACCCCCGCCCAGGACGAGCCAGCAGAAGCAAGUGGGGGGGCGGAGGCUGCGCCCAGCGAGGCAGAGGACUUUGAGGCCCGAGGCAGCCGCUUCUCCAAGUCAGCCGAGGAAAGGCAGAGGAUGCUGAUGCAGAGGAAGGAGGAGCUGCUGCAGCAAGCACGCAGGCGAUACCUGAGCAAGAGCCCGGAGGAGGAUGACGAUGAGGGCGAGGCGGCUUCCCCGGGGGACGACGGCCCCGUCUCAGACUCAGUGACGCUGAGGCGCCGGAUGCUGGCGGCUGCCGCAGAGCGCCGGAUGCAGAGGCAGCAGGACCCGGACCAGUAAGGUCCGACCAGGAAGCAAUCAGGCUCACUCCAUUGCCGUCUCCGUGCAUCCACCCGCCCCCCAAGUCUUACCGGGGCUCCGCCUCUGAAGCGCCAAAAAAGGAAAAUGAGAUAAAUACCAGAUUACAGAGAAAACAGAUGUAUCGCAAGCAUGGCAUCUGGCUGAGCUGACUUUGCCAUGCUGUUUCAUGUUGCCUUAGGAAGAAAUAGACCUUUGCAACGAACUUGAGUAUGUUCUAGAGUUCAAAGCUUUAAUCAGUCCCACCCUGGGCGUUGCACAGCAUUCAAGUAGGGCAGUGUCAAUGAUAGCCCCACAGAUCUCCAUGUAGUAACUGUAGUGUUUUGAGCAUUUUUCCAGAUUUAUUUCAUCUUGUGGUCUCGUGUCCAAGAGAAGUUUACUCAUUUGAAUCAACCUCUUAGCGACGCAUUCUCAGAUUGGAAAUACUUUCAGUUUCUGUGGGUGUUGGCUAUGUUCAGUGUUUGAAAGGCAACAUAGUUUUGUUUGGUGUUCAGGUUUGUGUUUGAAUGUGGUAUUAACUGGAAAAUGAAUUGGUGGGAGAAGAAUAUUUUACUUAUUUCAGUAAUUUUGGGAAAUGCUGGAUGGAAGCUAAUUACUGUUUAUCUUUAUGUAAGAAAAUUCCAUUCUAGUGCUGUAAAUAUAAUGCACUGGAGUUGGACUGGCCUCAUGGCAACAUUUCACAUCUAUGUGUGUGUGUAUAUAGUAUAAUAUAGGAUGUGUAAAUAUAUACAUGUAUACACACACAUGUAUUUUAAAGGUCAUUCUUACAGUAUAAAUUCUGCCUUUUAAAGAGAAGGACAUGACAGUGUACUUACAGUUUGGUAUUCAUAGUAGUUUUUUUUUAAUUGUUUUUAAGAUAUUAGGAACAUGUGUAGCCCUGUUUGAACAGGAAGAAGAUAUUCAGUGAUUAUAAAUGUAGUGCAGAAAUUCUGUUGGCUCUAUUGAUGUCACUAAACACUCUUGGCAUACCUGGGCAAGACUGCUGUAGAAUUUGCUACUUUGGGCACUUUGUGCCAGUGAAAACACCUGAGAUCAGCAUGCUCAUCCCCAGUUGUAAAACCAGCCUUUUAACCUAAAAUUCAGUUCUUUUGUCAGAUGGGCAGAGAGUACAUACACUGGGUCUGUUCAAUCAUUGACACAGCAUAGCUGGUGCAGGUCCUUGUGCUUGGUAACACUGCACGUGAGAUUUGACUUGGAUCAAUUGUGGCAUAUGUUUCCGCAGUUUUCUUGGCUGUUUUUACGAUCUAUAAGCUAACACUAUUGUGCUUUAUAUUUACCUCACCAGCAUUUUCUGCAAGCAAUUCUCAUUUAACAGUUUGACGGCUACAGUUGUAACAUACAGUAAUGUAGCAGUGUUUUCCCACAGACUACUGCUUCAUUGAUGCAUAGUGCUACUCAGGCUACCAUGUGUCAGCUUUGUAGUAGCACCAUUUUGAGGUAUAAUAAUAAUAUAAUUGUUUUCCGUUACAAAAAGACAAUCUCUGUUUAUUGUCUCAAUGAGUAUCUGCCAAGCUAGGCAGCUGUGCCAGGAGCAGGGAUUAGUAGAGGUUAUGCAGUUAACUGAUAUUGUAUGUGGGGGGAACAUACAAUUGACAGUACACAGAAUGGUUCGUUGGUGUUUUAACAUUAAUGUUCUAAUGUGAGCUAGAAUUGGUUGGUGCAACAUGGAUAUGCUUGCCAGGAUUGGGUUUUUAUUUCAAAACAUUAGUGACACUCCAAAACAGAAAAAAAUGUAUAAAAUCCCAAGUCUGGCUAUUAGACUUGGGUUUUUAUCCAUUGAAUGCUCAUCUUGUAUAAAGCGAACACUUACAGCUUUUCAUUUGUUGUCAGUUCGCCAGUGUGGCCCUGUCUUAUAAUUUAAUUGUUGUCUAUUCUGAAAUGAGUGUUAUUACAGGAGCCAGCUUCUGUGAUGUUAUGCAGAAAAUAAGAUUGAUAAAAUGAAAACAUGUAAUAAAUGACUGGUGAAACUGGGAAGAGAAGCAAAUGAUGUCCUGGCAAGCCUAUUUUUGAUCAGUUAAUUGUGGUUUUUGUAAAAGAGCAAUACAUGUUGAGUGACACAGUAUCAUCUAUAAUGUCUUGGAAAUAGUCAUGCGUGCAUGUUUGGUCAUUUUGCCGACUCACAGUUCUGUUCCUCUUGGCAUUGACAUUGUGAUGUAUAGAACUCUUUUGUAAAUUUAAUGGUCAACUGCUGCAGAAGGAAGCUAAUGCUAAAUCAAAGUUAUAUUUUCCUUAUGUCGCUUUACUUUCAGUUCUGGUUCCUUGUCCAGUGUCUAGUUUUUUAUGCAAUUUCAUUUGUUUGUAUAUUUAAAAAGAUGAAAUUUAUUAUAUUUGGAGUUUGGGAAGGAAUCUGACAUUAAACAAACCUGAUCUGUGUGGUCACGGCAGCCAGCUCUCUGCAGUGAGGAUGGUGCACUUUAACAUGAUGAAUUCUGGCUGUAUUACAGCAAACUGCUGAGUCAAGAUGCUGUGAGGUCUGCACAUACAAAAGCAGUCAUAACUGUCAGUCUUGCAUACUGCACCUGUUUCCGUCUUAGAGACAUUUCGUAUUGAGACAUCAUUGUGAAUGUAACUGUUGCUUUGAAUGCAGAAGCAGAAGUCCCCAAUUACUGCUGUGUAGCUCCUGACAAGUUUUUUUUUUUUUUUUUUGUUUGUAAGGAAAUAACCAUGGUUUUGCAACCAUCAUCCAUUCAUUUUUACACCACAUCUAGAGCUAUACAUCAGUAGGGGUAUUAUCUCUUUAAGCACCUGAGGACGUAAUAUGUGUGUUUUGUCUUUAUUUAGAAAAUAAAAUAUUAUUCCUGUGAGGUUUUUUUGUUGGUGUGACUAUGCACAUACCCAGAUUAUUGAGACACUUUUUUGGAGGAAAAAAUAUUCUGGUAAUGUAUUUGCCAUGCUUGUUUCAAGUAUUUCCAAAGAGUUUCCUGCAGACACAUCUCUAAUGAAACUUAAUUUCUUUGGAGAAAAAGUGGUCUUGACAUGCUCGUAACAUAUAUGUAGCUAACAAAAGAUUUCUUGUCAUUUUUGUGUGUUAUUAAUGGGAUUGUAUGCUGUCUGUGUUUUGGUUGCAUGGUCACACCUUGAAACAGUGUUUCUUUAUCUUGCAAUAUCAAA